AUGGCGCGGGCACUCACUCACCUCAUUCUCAUCACGUUUAUCACCCUCUUAAUAUUCCUCCAACUCAUCGCCGGCAACUCCACGCUCCUCCGCAACCGCCGCCAUGGCUCACGCCCUGCUAUGGUUCUUCCACUGUACCUCUCCGCACCAAAUUCCACUACGUCAGCGCUCGAUCCCCGUCGCCAGCUUUACGGAUCCGAGUCCAAGCGCCACCCUAACGCGCGCAUGAGACUCCACGACGAUCUCCUCCUCAACGGCUAUUACACGACGCGGCUUUGGAUCGGGACUCCUGCGCAGAUGUUUGCUCUUAUUGUUGAUACGGGGAGCACUGUUACGUAUGUUCCGUGCUCCUCUUGCGAACUGUGUGGCAGGCACCAGGAUCCAAAGUUUCAGCCAGAUUCAUCAAGCACCUAUGAACCUGUCAAAUGUACAAUUGAUUGCAACUGUGACAGUGACAGGAUGCAGUGUGCGUAUGAGAGAGAAUAUGCUGAAAUGAGUUCGAGCAGUGGUGUCCUUGGUGAGGAUGUCAUAUCCUUUGGAAAUCAGAGUGAGCUUGCUCCACAGCGUGCUGUUUUUGGCUGUGAAAAUGUUGAGACUGGUGAUCUUUAUAGUCAACAUGCUGAUGGCAUCAUGGGUUUGGGCCGCGGAGAUCUUAGUAUCAUGGAUCAACUUGUGGAAAAAAAUGUAAUAAGCGAUUCAUUCUCACUAUGCUAUGGUGGCAUGGAUGUUGGAGGGGGAGCAAUGGUUCUUGGUGGCAUAUCUCCCCCAUCAGACAUGGUCUUUGCAUAUUCAGAUCCUUUUCGGGGUGGCGACAGUCCAUAUUACAAUAUUGAUUUGAAGGAGAUACAUGUUGCGGGGAAGCAACUGCCUCUAAAUACAAAUAUUUUUGAUGGGAAACAUGGAACUGUCCUGGAUAGCGGUACAACUUAUGCUUACCUGCCAGAAGCAGCAUUUCUUGCAUUUAAAGACGCGAUAUUAAAGGAACUUCAAUCUCUCAAGCAGAUCAGUGGUCCAGAUCCAAAUUAUAAUGAUAUAUGUUUUUCUGGUGCUGGAAUGUAUGUCUGUUACAUUAAGAGCUCACAUUCAUUAAUUGCAGUUUUCUUAACAGCUUGGGUUUGCUUGUAUUUCAGUGUUGCUUCUCAACUCUCUAAAAGUUUUCCAGUGGUUGACAUGGUAUUUGGAAAUGGUGAAAAGUAUUCACUCUCACCUGAAAACUACAUGUUCCGGGUUAGUGAUACAUAA